GCACGUUUUCGUCCCGGGAAAAAUGUACGGUCCAACAAAAAGAUCGUGGUGAUUGCAACUCUAUUGUGUGUGCACUAAGCUGAAUGUGUGAUUAAAAAAGAAAAACUUUUCGCGCCUUUUGGUGACAGUUUUUUGUUUUAGUGAUUAGUGGGAAAGACUUGCAAAGAUGUCCGCGCCAUGGAGCAACGGCUGUGUGAGUGGCCAGCGGGCGCUGAGGGCGCGCCUAGGGCCAUCUCGCGGCUAGAGGGCCAGAUUGAAGAACAGAAACAACUAAGACUCCAAGACGCGAAGCAGGUAGAAGCGAAAGCGGCCCGAAUCAAAGAGUGGGUGACGAACAAACUCCGGGAGUUGGAGCAGCAGAACCAGCUCCUCCGGGAACAGAACGACCGCUGCAACCAGCAAUUAGAACUGUUAAGGAACCACAUAGCAGCUCAGGGAAGCAGGAAUUGUGCUCUUCCAAUCAACUCAUCGGAGCCCCACUACAGUACGCCAGUGAGGCACAGGCGGAACCUUUCCAUCGGUACUACCAACCUAGCCACCACCGUCAGCACUGCCAACCAAACGGCCUUGAACACCAUGAAUAGAACUAUGGAUGAGAGGACCACUGCCAGUCUACUGGCCGAUGAUUUAGCGACGGCAGUAGAAAAUUUAGUCGUGCUUCCAACGACGCCGAAUACAUCUACAGACGGCGACACAACCCAUGACUAUGCAGAGAUAUACACGCCAAGUAGAGAACGAACGCCAGCCUGGCAAGGGGCAGUGAACGUGGUGGUGCAAGGCAACAGUCGCGGAGGCUCCUCCACCGGGGACAGCUCGGCCUCCGAGCAGCCGCGCCCGCCCACGCCGCCGCUGCACCGCUUCCCCAGCUGGGAGGCCAAGAUCUACCAGUGCAAACUCGCUCGCUCGUACACGCCAGCCUGGCAAGGGGCGGUGAACGUGGUGGUGCAAGGCAACAGUCGAGGAGGCUCCUCCACCGGGGACAGCUCGGCCUCCGAGCAGCCGCGCCCGCCCACGCCGCCGCUGCACCGCUUCCCCAGCUGGGAGGCCAAGAUCUACCAGGUACGGUGCAAACUCGCUCGCUCGUACACGCCAGCCCGGCAAGGGGCAGUGAACGUGGUGGUGCAAGGCAACAGUCGCGGAGGCUCCUCCACCGGGGACAGCUCGGCCUCCGAGCAGCCGCGCCCGCCCACGCCGCCGCUGCACCGCUUCCCCAGCUGGGAGGCCAAGAUCUACCAGUGCAAACUCGCUCGCUCGUACACGCCGGCCUGGCAAGAGACAGUGAACGUGGUGGUGCAAGGCAACAGUCGAGGAGGCUCCUCCACCGGGGACAGCUCGGCCUCCGAGCAGCCGCGCCCGCCCACGCCGCCGCUGCACCGCUUCCCCAGCUGGGAGGCCAAGAUCUACCAGGUACGAUGCUACAGCCGACAACAGAAAGCGAAUAGGUGCAAACUCGCUCGCUCGUACACGCCAGCGUGGCAAGGGGCGGUGAACGUGGUGGUGCAAGGCAACAGUCGCGGAGGCUCCUCCACCGGGGACAGCUCGGCCUCCGAGCAGCCGCGCCCGCCCACGCCGCCGCUGCACCGCUUCCCCAGCUGGGAGGCCAAGAUCUACCAGGUGGCAGACGACGGCCUCCAACAAUCGGUGGAGGGCGAAUUAAGCCCGCCGCCGUGCCCGCGGCCCAUGCACGAGUCUACCAGCUACCAGGACAUAUCCGUCCCUGUAUACGCCACUGUUAAAGGGCGCGCUAGUCAGAUAAGGUCAAUGCCCUUCACGGGCGAUUCAUCAGACGAUUCGUCGGAUGGCGAAGAGUCAAUGGGCGUCACUGUACAUAACACGCCACACCAUCAAUUUGGUGCACAAACAUCAAGCCAAAUGAACAUGCCUAUCAACAACGUGAAUCUCACAAGCGUACUGCCAGCCUCCAUACAACAAACGUCGAGCCAUCCUCUAGUACUGACCAACAGUGCUAACGGACAGUGCAGUUCGUCUGACACCAGUUUGAGUGCGAGCAGUCCGUCGAAAAGCGUCAAAACAAGUUCCAGUUUGAGUCCAGCGAAAAGGUCUAGCAGUGGAUCGCCAAGUAAACAAAGCAAAACUAGAGUACUGACCAACAGUGCUAACGGACAGUGUAGUUCGUCUGACACCAGUUUGAGUGCGAGCAGUCCGUCGAAAAGCCAGGCUUCCAGCCAUACUCUAGUACUGACCAACAGUGCUAACGGCCAGUGCAGUUCGUCGGACACCAGUUUGAGUGCGAGCAGUCCGUCGAAAAGCGUCAAAACCAGCUCUAGUUUGAGUCCAGCGAAAAGGUCUAGCAGUGGAUCGCCGAGUAAACAAAGCAAAACUAGAGACACAUCAUUCGAGUCCGGCAUGUCAGACGACUAUGCCAUCCCACCUGACGCAGUCUCGUGCGACAGUAUGGCGUCACCAUCUCUGGCAUCGUUAUGCCGGGCCCCACCUGCCACUGACUCGCCAAGACGACACGACGCGUUGGAGAAGAGCGGCCAUCUUGCCAAGCUUGGCGGGAAGCUGAAGACUUGGCGGAAGAGAUGGUUUGUCCUCAAAAACGGCACGCUAUCUUACUGGAAGUCUCAAUCAGAAGUCAACAGGAAGCCGCAAGGUCAGAUAGGGCUCGGCGAGGCUUGCAAGAUCUCCCGGAACGAAGGCGCGGCUACCUUUGAGAUCUUCACAGGGAGUCGGACCUACUACCUGACUGCUGAUAGUAUCGCAACUAUGGAGGAUUGGAUCAGGGUGCUACAAAAUGUCCAAAGGCGGAACGCGACCAAACUGCUUCUCAGCAAGGAGGACAACAAGCCCACCAUUCAGGGCUGGCUCACGAAGGUCAAGAACGGCCACGCCAAGAAGAGCUGGUGCGUGCUCAUCGGCAAGAUGUUCCUGUACUUCAAGUCGCCGGGUGACCAGAACCCAACCGGCCAAAUCAACAUGCGUGACGCGCGAGUGGAAGACGUAGAACAUGUUUCAGACUCGGACUCGGAAGAGAAGAACGACGACACGCGCAACCACCUUACUGUGGCUAUCUACCCGCAGCACCAGGGUCCAACGUACCUAUUAUUCGAAAGCAAAGCAGACAAGGACUCCUGGUUAUACCAUUUGACCGUGGUUAGCGGAGGCGGAUUGAGCCAGGGCACGCACUUCGAACAGCUGGUUCAGAAGCUGAUGGAGACGGAUGGCGAUCCCAAUUGUGUGCUAUGGCGGCAUCCAACGCUGCUGUAUUCAAAGGAGAACAUCACAUCCCCUCUGACGUCACUCAACUCCGAGGCGCUGCAGGCGGAAGCAUUAAAACUAUUUAAGUGCGUCCAACUCUUCAUGUCGGUAGCCGUUGAGCACGCAGGCAUCGACUACCACGUGGUGCUCGCUCAGAACGCGUUACAGCAAUGCCUGGAAGUAGCGGAGCUCCAAGACGAGCUGGCGUCAGCGUUGGCCCGUCAGACCACGCCUCACACGCACACCAAACACGGCGUGCAGGUAACGCCCGCGACUGCGCGACGUAACAUAAACGUUAAGGCCGCCAAGCUUAAGAAUAUCCCCACACAGUUAUUAGAAAUAAAGCCCCCCGUAUACGGUCCGACGAACACCAACAUUUCAUUUGUCCAGCAACUGCUACUGUGCGCGACUCAGUCGCUGUUCACUUGCGACACGGGUGCCUCGUCGGUGGGCAGCGAUAACAAGAGCGGGGACGUACAACCUAACGCCGCGGGCUCGCCUAGCUCGAUACAGGCUCCGCUCCUAUCUGUGGACUGCAAAAGCAACCCGCCCACGUACAGCUUCGUGCAAGGCUGGCAACUUCUGGCGCUGGCGGUGAGCCUCUUCGUGCCAAGGAACAAUCGCUUGCUGUGGUACUUGAAGCUGCAUCUCAGCAGGCACUCAGAUUCCAAAACGGAGUGCGGCAAAUACGCUGCGUACUGUGCGCGC